ACUAGAAGAAGAAGCAGAUGACCAAUUGGCGAAAUAGAUUGUUUAUUGUUUUUAGCUUAAUUUAAUAGAAAAGUACACCUCCUUUAAAGCCGGAGAAUGUCGGAAGAGGCGGCUAGUACCUCGGCCUUUGGCUUUAAAAAGCGGAAUAUUAAAAAGGGAGCCGGCAUUCGCCGCAAAAAGGAAAGCAGCAGCAACGAGUCAGCAAAAAGCAGUGAUGAGGAGGCCCAAGGCAAGACCAGUGCUUUAGUAAGGGCAGAAAACCGCAGAAAGCGCACGAAUCCUAACUUCCAAAGCACCAAAACACUGAACAAGGCAAAGCGUCAGGCUGGAGCACCUGAAGAAGAAGCAACAUCCUCCGACGAUGAUAAACUGGGCAUCGCCUACAAGUCCAAGCGCGAGGCUAUACCCAGUGGACCACAGGAUCAGGGUGCCACGUCCAUCAACGAAAUGGACACAGAACUGGAUCGUGAUGCCCAGGCAAUCCAUGCGCGAGCACUGAAAAUCAACGAGGAACUGGAGGGCAAGGCGGACGAUAAGAUCUACAGAGGAAUCAACAACUAUGCGCAGUACUAUAAAAAGCAGGACACGGCGGCAGGCAAUGCCAGCUCUGGAAUGGUGCGAAGUGGGCCCAUUAGGGCACCCGCUCAUCUCAGAGCCACUGUGAGGUGGGAUUACCAGCCGGAUAUCUGCAAAGAUUACAAGGAGACGGGAUACUGCGGCUUUGGCGACAGCUGCAAGUUUCUGCACGAUCGCAGUGACUACAAGGCAGGUUGGCAAAUGGAAAUGGAUCACGAGAGUCAACGGAGGGGAGAUGCCGAUUCCGAUGGCGAUGAUGGCAAGUACGAGAUCCACUCGGACGAGGAGUCGCUGCCUUUCAAGUGCCAUAUCUGCCGCCAAAGUUUCGUCAAUCCCGUGGUGACGAAGUGCAAACACUAUUUCUGUGAAAUGUGCGCCCUGGCCCAGUACAAAAAGUCACAACGUUGCAUCAUCUGCUCCCAGCAAACAAAUGGCAUUUUCAAUCCCGCCAAGGAGCUUAUAGCUCGUCUCAAAACGAAUCCAAUGGAAAACUCUGAUAGCGAUGAGGAUGAACUCGGAGCAAGGGAGGAAAAUGCCGGGGCGGAGGAGGCUCAAGAGAUUUCCUCCGAUGAUAGCGAUUAAACUUAAUUCAAAUCAAGCGGGUGAAAAAUUCAAAACUUGAAUGCGUCGAACAGUUCGUCAUGGGGCGAAAAAGUGGUUACGCAAAGGAGUAUCGAGAGUU